UGCGAUACUUGUGCGACACGGUGGCACUGCCGACACGUAGCCAAGAUGGAGAGGAUAGAAGGACAAGUAAAUGACGGGGAUACUAUUCUUAUGGACCAUAGCGAUGGCCGAACGUUUUUCGUGAAGGUGGAAUCGGGCAAGCGCGUGAACAUCGGCAAGACGAGCUGCAAGAUGUCCUACCUCCUCAACGCCCCGUACGGCGCGGUGUUCGAGCUGGACGGCAACAGGCUGGUCCGCGUGGACGGAGAGCUUGUAGAAGCGGAGGAGGAGCCUCCCGGGGUAGUGGAAGAGGUCACCGCGGCGGCGCUGGCGUCGGAUGUUCGCCCACAGGACAAUCGAGGGUUCACGGACACCAACACCGCUCAAAAGCUCACCGAGGAAGACAUUCACAAGAUGAAGAACGAGGGGAAGGGAGGGAGGGCGAUCAUUCAGGCGAAGGAGUACGCCGGAGAAGUAUGGGGAGGAAAUGAGAAGGUAGUGAAACAACUCGAGGCGGCGCAGACGAAAGCAGCGAAAAUCAUCCUAGGAUGCUCCAAGCGCACAAGUAAUGCAGCCGUCAGGGCAGAAUUGGGGAUCCAAUCCCUACGGUCGGGAAGAGACGCGAGGAAGCUGACAUGGCAGUAUCGCAUUUGCGGGAUGGGAGAGGAGAGGUUGCCGAGAAUUGUAUGGGAGGCGAAGUGGGCAAACAAAAAGAGGGGUAGAAAACCCACGGAAUGGGUCAAGGUUGUAGAGGACGUAUGGAAGGGGCUCGACAUCGACGAAGAUGAAACGCUGGAAACGGAGGGUCUAAAGGGGUUCAAGGAGAAGAUAUCUGUUGCUUGUGCCGAGAGAGAACAGAAUCUAAGGAAAGAAUCCAAGGAUAAGGAGGGCCUACAGGUGUACGGAAUAUUGAAGGAAGGAAUAGCGUUUUUCAAGGAUUACCUACAUGGACCAAUGGAUGCAGGAACAAAGCUUAAGGUCAAAUUCAGGCCCGGGGACAUAGGCCUUCGAGAACGUCGAGAAGACGACGAGUUCAAAUGUGAUUGCGGCUUCGAAUGCGAAGACCGUGUUCUAGUAGUCGCGGAAUGUCCGUGGUACAAGAAGGAGAGGGAAGUGUACGUGACUGAGCUGGGAAAAAUAGAUGGAACGUAUGGGGAGAUGUUUGAGGCAUGGAAUAGAGAGGGAAGGACGGUAGCUGUAGUGGGGCAUAGGAGGUGGGUUGAAAAGGCGGGAAGUGAUAUCGUUAGGAUAUAUAGACUAGGGGAGACAUUUUUGAGCUACCUUUGGCAAAGUAGAAAGGAACGAUUGGCCAUCGGUGAUCGGUCCUGUGGGAACAAUGCUCCGUCCUCUCGAGGACGCGUGGUCAAUGGUCUAACCGCUAAG